GGACGUAAUUAAUCUCUGACAAAGUUCGGACUCAUACCGCCUCUCUUGCCUGCACAUUCCAUCUUAAUUAUCACGAUACUUGCAGACACAUCACACACACACACCAUGCCGGUCACUACUCUUCAAUUAGAUCAUAUCAUACAUGAUUUGGGCCUUGUCAAGGAGCGCGCAACAGCGCAGGAUUCCAAAAUUGAAGCGGCGAACAGAGAGCUGGAUGAGAACAAGGUGGUCAAACAGGAGGUCAACAUUCUCAGGGAAGAGAACAAGGUACUCAAACAGGAUGUCGUUCUCCAGAAGAAGAACAAUGAGCUCGAGGAGGAAAUUAAGGAGCUCAAGGAGGAUGUUAAGACAAACUGCACCAACAUCCUGAAACUAGAGCGCCGCACGCUAGUUAACGAGGCCCGCGACAAAUUAAGGGACGAAUUCUCAUUCACGCAAGAUCAGCUCAACCCAUUCAAAUACCCAGGGGAACCAGGCGAGAAGUUGAAAGCAGCCGCGAAGUUUGUCCUUAGUCACCUCCCACCGACCGAGAAACCAAAACUGUCGUUGAACGCCGUCAAGACCAUUCUCAACAAAUCGCAGAAUAGUGUCCGCGAGCUGGGCAACAAACUCGCACACACCGACGUGACCAUCGCGGCCCUGGAAGACCAGAAUUUACAAGACAGCCAGCGCAACUCUUUUGGAAGUGGAUGUAUGAUAUUGACUCGGACGUAUGUACCACUACUAGAGCAAUCACUUCGACUAUAUUUGCCCCCACCACGCUCCUCGUCACCACAGUUAUUGCCAGCCGAGGAAUCUCGUGUACGAGCUGCCCGACGGGCACAUAUAAAUCGCUACUUGACCGCAGGGAUUGUCAUGCCUCGGACGCUGACGAACUUGAACGAGCAAUCGCCAGAAGACGUUGAGUGUACCAAAGCCAUCUUUAUGCAAAGGUAUGUGCUUCUACUUGCAUUUACACACGUCUCAUCUCGCCCAGCAUGCCGCGUCUAACUAAUUCGCCCGGUAUCGUCGCAGUCCAGCCUAGUUUGCGGCAUCUCCAGAGAUGAUAUGUCGAGUCACCAUCUUUCUCCGUCAUGAACUGCGCGUUUGGCAAAAUCUUGAUAUUGAGGUACGUGUCGCACCGCGUUUCUAUGCUGACGGGUUCGACGGGUACGAGUACAAUGUAAGAUAGUCGUACCCUUGAGCAUACCGCGACCCUUGACCGCGGGUUGGCGGUGUUUGGCGGGUAUGACUUACUGAAUCAGGAACUUUGACAGCCGUGCUAUGAUUCUUC